AUGAAGAUCGCAACACCACAGACGAUGCAAACACGACGAUCUACUACAACGGAGUCAAUGAGUUCAAUUAUUCUUCCCAACGUUCCCACACAGCCAACAAACGGUAUGAUCAGGACGUAUGAGAAUCAGACACGAACAUUCACUCGUCCAUACUCAGCUAAAACUGUUUUCUUCUACAAAGAAGGCGAUGAAUACUUUUCCGGUGUUCGAGUUCCAGUUUCAAAGCAACGUUAUCGAACUAUCGACAGCUUACUAGAUGAAUUAAAUAGAAAUAUUCAGAUGCCUUUCGGUGUUCGUCGAUUAACAACUCCAAUGGGACGGACAGCCAUCGAAUCAGUUGAACAAUUGGAACACCUGGGAAAAUAUGUGGCAUCUUCAAAUAAAUAUUGUCGUGGAAUCAAUUUGUCAGCUCUUGAAAGACUUAAAAAGGUUCCCACCUCGCCUUCGUAUAAAACGAAAUUGCGUUUGUCACGCACUUUGGGAUUUAAUGUGAUGCCGUCGAAACAGAUUUUUUUUGUCCUCAACGGCAAAAUGGAAAUGUAUCGAACGUUAUUGAAUCCAUUGCGACUGCCAACUAUGGAACAACUAUUAGCUGAAGUUAGUGAAGGCUUACAGGUAGCCAUUUUCCGUUUCUAUACGACAGACGGAUUACGAAUUCUUAAUGUAUCUGAUAUGAUUUCCAUUAAUCCUCCGAAGAUUUACGCUUGUACACGUAAUGACAGAUUAAAUAUGCAAAGAAAUAAUUUUGAAUUACCUUCAAUACAUUCAAAUAAAUAUUAUGGAGGAGGAAGCUAUAAGAGCGGAACAGAAACAUCCUCAUCUACGGGCGGCAAUAAUGGUAUUGAGAAGCCAAGACGAUUUGAAAGUGCUUUGAGACGUAAUACUCGGAAACGUACAGGAGCUCCAAUUCGACGUUUUACACGAACUUUACCCGCUAUAAAUGGCAAUUACAAUGGCGAAUUGCCGACACAGAAACGAACUUCAUCUAUUCCUGAUGAUACGGAUUCGGGAAAAGCCAAUUCGAUAAGUAGUCGUCAGACGGAUAAUUCGCGAACGGAAGAUGACGAUCUAUAUGGGGUUGGCACUUCUAUUAUUCCUAUGAAGAUGAGGAAACCUCCACGUGUCGCCGGAUUAGCACGCAAUAAGGAAGAAAAAAGAAAAGCUUAUUCAGAUCGAAACAAGCCUUUGCCACCUACGACUAAGAAUGUAUCUGAAAGGGCUUUAGUAGUAGGAGAAGAUGAUAAUGAUAAUCAAGAAGUAAUAAACGAGGGAAUAGAAGACGUUUCAGAGGCUUCUGAUGAAGAUGAUGAUCAUGCGAUAGCUUCAACCAGUCGAGAAGUACAUGAUGAUGAGGAAGUCAAAGAAGAUAUUGAGAAUAGUGAAGAACUCAAUACAACUGAGAAAGUUGAAAUGAUUCGACAUGAGAGCCUCUUGAAUGAAGAUACUGAUAUUGAGCAAGACCUAGUUAUGACAGAUGAUAGUCGACCAUCUUCAUCGAAACACAGAAGGACUGUUCAUCAUGGGAUGCCUGACGUUAAAGAGGACGAAGAAACGCUUAAGGAUGAAAUGGAAGUUGUUGAAGACAACGUUAUCGAAAACAAAGAAAAUAUUCAGCCAAUAGAGGAAGGAGAAGAGAAAACAGAGGAUAUCGAAAUGACUGAAGACAACGACGAAGCCGCGGACACAGCUGAAAUAACAGCGGAAGAAGUUCAAGUGAUUCCUGAAGAAGAAGAAGUAGUAGCAGUAGAAGAUGAAACGAAGGAAGUAGUAGCAGUAGCAGAUGAAACGGAGGAAGUAGAAAAGGAAGAACCUAAGAUAGAAGAUGAUGAAGGAGAAAUUCGACGAGACGGAGCAGCGACGACAAUCCAAUCUGUAUACAGAGGAUAUCGAACAAGGAAACUAUUGAAACUAGAUGGUGAAGUAGAACCGAUAAAAGUGGAAGAAGCACUUCCUGCUCUUGUGGAAGACGACGAUGCCGUUACUGAGAGAAAAGAUGAUGAAGAAGUAUUGAUAGAUGACUCAUCACAAAGAGAGAAAAAAUCAAUGUACACUGUCCAAAUAAACACUGGUAAUCGAUGGGGAUCCGAGACGGAAGCUGAUCUUUAUGUUAUGCUACACGGAGACGACGGAACAUCCGAGAAAAUCCUUUUACAGCAUGAAAAUAUUCCGUGGUUACAGGCGUCAGAUCCAAGGUUCCAGAGAAACCAGAACGAUUUCUUCCAAAUCGACACACCUUCCGUUGGUACUAUUAAUAAGAUAGUCUUGGGACACGAUGAGAAAGGCUACGGCGCUGGAAUAUUCGUUGGAUACGUCAUUGUGACAGAGAACAUGUUAGAGGGACGUCAAUUCUUCUUUUCUAUAAACAAAUGGUUUGAUAGUGGACAGGUUGAUGGAAAGAUUGAACGGCCCAUACCAGUAACAGCCUUUUACUAUGUUAAUAGUAUACCAGAUGAAAAUGUUGUGACAGAAGGAAGAUGGGAAUUCGUGCUUCAUAGUGGGAAUAAACAUGGCCAAGGAGGAACAACUUCAGGACUUCUUAUAUAUGGCUAUGGUUUGCAAGGAAGCUCUGUUAUUCGUUUUGACAAUGAUACCUCCUUGAACAAUGUUCCUUCAACUACUUUGGUUCAAGUUGAUUUUGGAGCCAUUGGGGAUUUGAUCAAAGUCCGCUUCGAGCUUAUUCCCAUGGGCGAUAGUCCAAAUUAUUUUUUGGAAUAUGUAGAACUGAGAGAUUUGGAUACAGAGGAGAGAUUAGUUGUUAGAGUUGGAAAAUGGCUUGAGGUAGCUAGUGAUAGAAAGAACCCCCAAGCUUUCCGUGAGCUAGGAGUAUACAGAGCAGGAGUAGAAGGAUUACAUGUCAUCAACUAUGAGGGAAGAGUUCAUGUAGGCGAAAUGAACUUAUUGGAGAACGAUCACUUAUCUGGCCAGCUGAUUGGAACAUUUGACAGUGCCGUAUUUCCUUUGAUAUAUAACGAAUCCAAAAAAGAAUAUACUUUCAAAGUGGAAUGUGUUGAUCUGGGCAGAGUGUCAAAACUUAAGAUCAUUGGCAAUUUCUCAAAACAAGGCGAAGCGAUAAUGGAAGGAUUAUCAGUUCUGCAAGACAUUUGGGAUUGUUAUUCUCCCGGGAUAUCAGUUGCUGAUCAGGUUCUGGUGACGCACGCGUAUGUUCGCGAAUCUUCUCAUUGUCCAUAUCGUUAUGUACUCAGUCAAGGAAAAGUAGUUGAAUUAGAAGACUCCAAGCCUUACUUCAAAACUUUGGAACUGACAGCUAUGGAAGGAUUGUCUACAAUGUAUAAGAAGGACAAGAUCCCUUCAGGAGUCGGCACGUGGACUUUGAAUGUUUCAGUUGAUGGAAAGUUGGAUAAACUACCAGAUAUUUGGCUCAUUUCUGGACAUAAAGCUCAUCUGAUGACUUUGGUCACAGAAGAACCUUCGGAAAUUGUUUUACAAGUGAAAGCGAAAGAACUGAAAUCUGUCGACAAAGUUAGAAUAUUUGCUGGACAGUUAGAGGCAGCUCAAGAAUUAGUUGUAAAGAAGCUUCGAUUAACAAAUAGCUUGACAAAACAAAUUAUUCGUUUCCCUAAUGUCGACACGGAAUUUGGUUCAAAUGAUAUUUAUGAAUUUUCAACGGUUUAUCCGGAUGUUUCUCCUAAACCAAAUAUAACGUUUGAUAUCACUGUUUAUACAACAAGCUCCAACGGAAGCUUCCUACCAGUCUUUAACCUGAUUGGAAGUGAAUCAGAUUCAGGAGUUCGACAAUGGGGUCCUAAGCGAACUUUAGAAAAUGGGUUAGAUGUCUUCGAGAUAGACGCUGUUAGUCUGGGAGAUCCCACAGAGAUAGAAGUUAUCAUAUUAGGAGAUAAAAAAUCAUCAUGGUCAUUCAAGGAAAUUAUUGUGAAGAAUUCAGAGACACAGAAGAUCUAUAAGACGAGCGAAGGAACAAUUUCCAAACAAGGUGAUGGCAAACGUUUUUCAUUGCAACAGGUGCUUUCCACAUAA